AUGAAGUCUUUCAAGACUUUGUUUUUCUUUCUUUCAACUAUAGUAGCUGUAACAGUGGCCUCUACUUCCCAUAAUGUAGAGUUCACAAGCCAAGUAGUAGAAAUUCACUGUCUAAGGCUGCAGACUGGCGCUGCUGGUUAUCGUGUCCCACAAUUGGACUGUCUUAGCUGGCGUCUUGCUGUGGAGACUAACAACCUCCAAAAUUGGAAAUUGGUGCCAAGCGCAUGCGAAAACUAUAUAGGUCAUUACAUAUUAGGAAAACAAUAUCGUCAUGACUGUGAGGCUGUGGCCAAUGCAGCAAUUGAGUAUGCCAAGAGUGUCAAACUUGGCGGAGAUGGAAAGGAUGUUUGGGUAUUUGAUAUUGAUGAGACCACUCUCUCCAAUCUUCCUUACUACGCUCGAUCUGAUGUAGCUUUUGGGGCUAUACCUUACAACAAUACAAAGUUUAAUGCAUGGGUGGCCGAGGGGAAAGCACCUGCCAUUCCUUCUAUACUUGGAGUAUAUAAAACAGUGCUGUCUCUCGGGAUCAAGACUGUUUUCAUAACAGGGACUCGAGAGUCUUUCAGAAAAGUAAGAAUUACUAAUCUCAAGAAAGCUGGUUACACUAAUUGGGCAAAGCUCAUACUAAAGGGAGAAAAUGAUACGAGAAGCGCAGUGGAGUAUAAAUCAAGCAAGAGAAGAGAGCUAGUGAAAGCUGGAUAUAGAAUUAUUGGUAACAUUGGAGAUCAAUGGAGUGAUCUGAUUGGAGACAACCUGGGCGCUCGUACUUUCAAAGUCCCUGACCCUUUGUACUACAUUGGUUGA